GGCAGCUCUGCCACGACCGGGGCUACUUGGUGACCCAGGACGAGCUGGACCAGACGCUGGAGGAGUUCAAGGCGCAGUUCGGUGACAAGCCCAGCGAGGGCCGGCCCCGGCGCACGGACCUGACGGUGCUGGUGGCUCACAACGACGAUCCCACCGACCAGAUGUUCGUCUUCUUCCCCGAGGAGCCCAAGGUCGGGAUAAAGACGAUCAAGAUGUACUGCCAGCGGAUGCAGGAGGAGAACAUCACCAGGGCGCUGAUCGUGGUGCAGCAAGGCAUGACGCCUUCGGCAAAGCAGUCCCUGGUGGAUAUGGCUCCCAAGUACAUCCUGGAGCAGUUCCUGCAGCAAGAGCUCCUGAUCAACAUCACGGAGCACGAGCUGGUCCCGGAGCACGUUGUCAUGACCAAGGAAGAAGUAACCGAGCUCCUGGCCCGGUAUAAGCUGAGGGAGAACCAGCUCCCAAGGAUACAGGCCGGGGAUCCUGUGGCCCGGUACUUCGGAAUAAAGCGUGGACAGGUCGUGAAGAUCAUAAGACCGAGCGAGACUGCGGGGCGCUACAUCACCUACAGACUGGUGCAGUGA